CCCCGCCGCCCGCCCGGCAACCCAUGCCCGGGGCCGCCGAGCUGGAGGAGCGCUUCGGCCACGUCCUGAACUCCAUGAACCUGCCCCCGGACAAGAUGAAGCUGCUCAACCAGUAUGACAAUGAGAAGAAGUGGGAGCUCAUUUGUGACCAGGAGCGUUUCCAGGUGAAAAAUCCACCCUCCGCCUACAUCCAGAAGCUGAAGAGUUGCUUGGACACAGGAGGUGUCAGCAGGAAGGUGAGGUGGGGAUGGUGCCAACAGCUGUCCCUGCCCCCCCAGUUCAAGAGGCGAGUGCAGGAGUCCACGCAAGUGCUGCGGGAGCUGGAGAUUUCCUUGAGGACCAACUACAUUGGGUGGGUCCAGGAGUUCCUCAACGAGGAGAACAAGGGCCUGGACGUGCUGCUGGAGUACCUUGCCUUCGCCCAGUGCUCUGUCGCGUACGACAUGGAGAGCACAGAGAACGGCAGCCCAGGCUCUGACAAGGGCAAGGGCUUGGAGAGAUCGCUGGAGGACCUGAGCAAGAGCAGCUCCUCGUCCCCCACCCAGGGCUCCUCCAAAGUGCGGCACCUCACCGUCAGGCUGAACCCCUCGCACAGCAAGAAGGCUCUGAGGAACUCCCGCCUGGUCAGCCAGAAGGACGACGUCCACCUCUGCAUCAUGUGUCUCCGUGCCAUCAUGAACUACCAGUCUGGCUUCAGCCUGGUGAUGAACCACCCAGCCUGUGUCAACGAGAUCACCCUCAGCCUCAACAACAAGAGUGCCAGGACCAAGGCUCUGGUUCUGGAGCUGCUGGCUGCUGUCUGCCUGGUCCGGGGUGGCCAUGACAUCAUCCUGGCUGCCUUUGACAACUUCAAGGAGGUCUGCGGGGAGAAGAAUCGCUUCGAGAAGCUGAUGGAGUACUUCCGAAAUGAGGACACCAACAUCGACUUCAUGGUGGCCUGCAUGCAGUUCAUCAACAUCGUGGUGCACUCAGUGGAGAACAUGAAUUUCAGAGUCUUCCUGCAGUAUGAAUUCACCCACCUGGGGCUGGACCAGUACCUGGAGAGCCUCCGCCUCACCGAGAGCGACAAGCUGCAGGUGCAGAUCCAGGCCUACCUGGACAACGUCUUCGACGUGGGGGCCAUGCUGGAGGACUCAGAGACCAAGACAGCAGUGCUGGAGCACAUGGAGGAGCUGCAGGAGCACAUCGGCCAGCUGACGGAGAAGCUGCAGCAUGCGGAGAACGACUCCAUGGCCAAGAUAGCAGAGCUGGAGAAGCAGCUGAGCCAGGCGCGGCGGGAGCUGGAGGCGCUGCGGGUGAGCGCCCAGGGGAGCUCGGCGGUGGGGACGGCGGUGAUGAAGUUGGGCUUGUGACCACCGCAGGAGCAGCUGAGCCCUCCGCGGCCGCCCAGCCCUCCGGCCCCGCAGCCCCAGGACUGCUACCGGCUGGCGCUGGAGCGGCGGCUGGUGGAGCUGGAGGAGAAGGGCUUGGUGCAGAUCCUGCGCGGGCCCGACGGGGACGUCGCCAUCGAGAUCGUCCCGGUCGUCAUAGAAACGCCGGCAGCCCCCGCGGUUCCCGGAGAGGCUGCGGCCACCGCUGCUCCAGCUCCGGAUCCAGCCCCAGCUCCCCCUCCCGCUCCUCCUGCCCCUCCAGCUCCUCCCCCUCCACCCCCGCCACCGCUGCCAGGGGCUGAACCUGGUCCCCCGCCACCCCCUCCUGCCCCUCCACUGCCCACGGGCACCUGUCCCCCUCCAGCCCCUCCACUCCCGGGUGCCCAAAUACCACCCCCUCCACCCCCACUCCCAGGGGGGCUGGGAGGUCUUGUCCCCCCACCUCCACCACCCCCACCCCUUAGUGGGGAGAUCCCAGAUGGGCCAGGUGCCCCCAACCCUGCUGGUGGUCCAGGUGAGUUGAAGGUGAAGAAGCCCAUCCAGACCAAGUUCCGCAUGCCUGUCUUCAACUGGGUGGCACUGAAGCCAAGCCAGAUCGAUGGCACCGUCUUCACCGAGCUCAACGACGAGAAGGUGCUGCAGGAACUGGACAUGAGUGACUUCGAGGAGCAGUUCAAGACCAAGGCACAGGGCCCUGGCUUGGACAUCAGUGCCCUCAAGGCGAAGGCCACACAGAAGGCUCCCAGCAAGGUGACCCUGAUGGAGUCCAACCGAGCCAAGAACUUGGCCAUCACCCUCCGCAAGGGCGGCCGCAGCGUCCAGGACAUCUGCACUGCCAUCGAGACGUACGACCAGCAAGCCCUGAGCCUGGACUUCCUGGAGCUGCUGAUGCGCUUCCUACCCACCGAGUACGAGCGAACGCAGCUGGGAAAGUUCGAGCGGGAGCAGCGCCCGGCCGGGGAGCUGUCCGAGGAGGAUCAGUUCAUGAUGCGCUUCAGCAAGAUCCCGCGGCUGGCCGAGCGCAUGAACGUCCUCAUCUUCCUGGGCAGCUUCGGCGACACGGCGCAGCUGCUCAUGCCGCAACUCAAUGCCAUCAUCGCCGCCUCCAUGUCCCUCAAGUCCUCCAGCAAACUGCGCAACAUCCUCGAGAUCGUCCUGGCCUUUGGGAACUACAUGAACAGCAGCAAGCGUGGGGCAGCCUACGGCUUCCGGCUGCAGAGCCUGGACGCGCUGCUGGAGAUGAAGUCCACAGACCGCAAGCAGACCCUGCUGCACUACCUGGUGCGGGUGGUGACGGAGAAGUACCCAGAGCUGAGCGGCUUCCACGCCGAGCUGCACUUCCUUGACAAGGCAGGCACAGUCUCCCUGGAGGGUGUGCUGCAGGACGUGCGGAGCCUGCAGCAGGGCAUGGAGCUGACCCGCAAGGAGUUCAUGCGGCAGGAUGACAGCCCUGUGCUCAAGGACUUCCUCAAGGUCAACUCUGAGGUGAUGGAGAAGCUGCAGGCUGACAGCAAAACUGCCAAGGAGGCAUACGAGGCAGCUGUGGAGUACUUUGGGGAGAACCCCAAGACCAGUCCCCCCACCACCUUCUUCCCCAUGUUCAUGCGCUUCAUCAGAGCCUACAAGAAAGCAGAGCAGGACAUUGAGCUGUGGAAGAAACAAGAAGCUGCAGCCAAAGAGGCAGAAUCCGGCAGCCCCCACGAGGAGCAGCCCGAGGUGAAGGUCCCACAUAAGGCCAAGCGGCAGCAGAUGGACAUGAUUGCAGAGCUGAAGAAGAGGCAGCUGGUGAAGGAGCCUCUCAUCUACGAGGAGAAGGAUGGAGCCAUCGAGGACAUCAUUUCAGAUCUGCGGAACAAUCCCUACCGGAGAGCCGACAAGAGCCGCGGCAGCGCCAAGCGGCGGCCCGGGGGGCAGAGCCUGCAGACGACGCCGGACAUCUCGCUGUGA